AUGUUUUAUAAUCGAAUUUCAAAACCUCUUCCAAUUUAAAUUGGUUUACCAGAUGAUCCAAAACCAAAAUUUAUUUAGAUGAAAUUAGGAGAAGAAUAGUAUUAGGAGAGAUUAACAAAGAGAACAUUUACAAUUAACAGUUAAUAAAAUUAAAAACUGACGAAGGGAAAUAUCAGUUAGAGAAUUAGUGCUAUUAAUAGUGAUUAAUUAUAAGGAGUCAUGUCUCCAAAUAAUUCAUCAAAUUUGAUAUACUAUGAAGAUUUCAAUAUUGAAGUAAAGGAAAACAUUUGUAAAUAAAAUUAUAUACCUAUAAAAAAUAUUUCAGAAUUAGUGGAAAGUUUAAAAGAUUAAAAAUAUAAAUACGAUGCCAAUCAUCCAAGAGAUUAUGAAGUUUUUGGAGGAUUUGAAGGAUGUAAUGUUUAAGAAAUCUAUUAUUGCAAAAAUGACACAGUAAAGAUAGUAUUGAAAUCAGAUACAAAUUCUCAUGGUUUUUGUAAAUGGUUUUCUUUUGGGUUGAAAAUAUAUGCAUUUAAAAGAAUGAAUAUAAAAGUGAAUAUAAUAAAUUUGAGAGCUCUAGAAAAGAAUAGAGAUGUACAUGUAUUGAGAGUUUCUGAUAAUCAUGAAUUAUUUGUACCUUCUCAUUAUUCAUUUACAAAUAUUAAACGUAAAGAUACUUACUUUGCAUAAUGUUCUUUUGAAAUUAAAUCUUCUUAUGAAAGUUUUAUUAUAAGUUUUUAGAAACCAUUUUAAUUAAUUAAGUUAAGAUAAAAUGAAUAAUAUGGACAAUUAGGAUUGUCUAGAUUAUAAUAUCCAAUUUAUUAUUGGUUUUAAAAAUAACAUGGACCACUUAUUUUAAUAGUUGCUAGAAUAAGACCAAUAGAUGCAAAUACUUCAUAUUUAGCAGAAGAAUUAAUAAAGUAAUUGAUGCUAACUUAAUUAAAUGUAAUUGUGAUACCAAUGCUUAAUCCUGAUGGUGUUGUGUUAGGUAAUUCUAGAUGUAAUUUGAGUGGAAAAGAUUUAUGUUCGAAUUAUUAAUAUAUCAAUUCUAGUGUGUGUCCAGAAAUAAAAAGUGUUUUAGGUAUAGAGAAUGUGUAAAUUGCAAUGUAAAUAUGCUAAUUAUUGGCAGUGAAUUAAGAAUGCAUGAAAGACCUCAUGUAGUGAGUUCUAUGAAAUUUAAUUGUGGAUUACCACAAAGAAAAAGAAAUUUAGAAAUUCAUGAUAUUAGUUCAAGAUUUAAGAUAUAUGCCAAGAUAUUCAUUAGUUAAAAUUAAGUGAAUUAUUAGGAAUAGGCAUAACUUAUAAUAAAGGCUUUGUAAUCAAUUUAAUAAUAGAAUACAGAUAAUAUAAGUUAUAAAAGUGAAACAGAUCAUGAAGAUGAUAUUUUAGAUAAUUUCUUUUACAAUCUCUAAUCUAAGAAAUAGAGCAUGUAAUAAUAAUAAUAAUAAUAAUAAUAAUAAUAAUAAUAAUAAUAAAAAUUAAAUCUAAAUUCAUAAAAUUAAUUAUAGAAUCUAUUAUAGACUAUAAAUUCAUCAGUUAAAGAGUAAGAAUCAGUAAAUCAAUUAAAAAACUUAGAAUGGAAAGAUUUAACACAUCGUUCUGAAUUAUCUUAUGUGAAAAUAAAAACAUAAAUAAGUAAAGAUAUUCAACAUAGUCUUCUUGAAAAACAAUCAUUAAAAAAGAAAUCAUAUUAUCAUUAGCAUUCUGAAUCUCAUUCAUAAAGUCAUUAAGAUAAAAUAAUUUUAAAGAGUCCCUUUUUACCAAGCAGAGAAUAGAUUUUUGAAAAAUAUUCAAAUUUGUCAAGUAGCUAAAGCAAUAAAAGAAAAACUUUAUCAUAAACUAAGUUAUAAACAUUUACAUAAUAUUAAGUGUUCAAAUAUAAUAGGCAAAGAUAAUGA